GGCUGGGACUUGGGGUCACGUGGCCCGCUGCCGGCUGGGCGAGCAGGCGGCGCGGGAACUACAGCUCCCAGAACGCCCCGCGCGGGACGGGAAGCCGCAGUUCAGGCUCAGGAGAAGGGAGGAAGAUGUCGUUCAAGAGGGAGGAAGGGAGAGACGCGGCGCCGAACCGGGCACUGCAGAAGAGGAGAGUGUCAGAUCUGCUGUCAAGUUACAUUCCGGAGGACGAGGCGUUUCUGAUGAAGAAUGGCAGGUAUGCCUGCACCGUCUGUUCCUAUCGGCCCGUCUUUGACACCAUGGACAUGUUAGCCGUGCACCGGUCCGGGAGAAAACACCUAACCAGUUUACAGAAAUUCUAUGGUAAAAAACGGGAUGUACAUUUGGAAAUUGAGAGACGACGACACCAGGAAUACCUCCGAGGGCAGGACAC